ACUUCCCUAGCGUUUGCCAACACAGUGGGCAUAUGUCGAAAAAUGGCUGACACAAAUUAAUUUUCAAGCGAUUUGUUUUGUGCAUUUUCUCUGGUGUUAAGGAUGAACUUAGCACAGCGACGAUUAAAGCCGUCAGCCCAAUUAAUAAGAACACAAUGCUAAUUUAAUGCUCGGAUCGAAACACACUGAAAGAAAAGACUGUGCACAAGAAGUAUCAGCCCAUCAAGCACCCACCAACACCAGAGUUGCAAUGAUGAACAACCAUUAUCACUUGCAACACGAUCACCCGCCGCAGAACGUGGCACAUUCGUUUUUGCAACAGCCAGGUGCCCCUGGCCCGGGAGCUCCUCCGCCCGCGACUACUGCCACCAACACUUAUGGUUACCUACCACAACCAAGUGGUCAGCAGUGGAUGGCCACCACCUAUCAGAUCCUUCCAAGCACCGCUGGACCCACCACGGUGGCCAAACGCUACUAUGCCGCCUCCGGAGGCCCGACCACGCAUCCCACUCAUCCCGGCACCAUACAGAUUACCAACAGCUUUGCCCAGCAGGCCACUCCAACGAAGCAACAGGCAGCCACCAGCUCCAGUCCCUUCAAGCCCAACAACAUACGCAUAAUCUCGACGGCCCCGAAUGUCUAUAGUCUGAAUAAGUCGCCGCAGGAACCGCACUCCAUCUAUGCGCCCGUUCAAUCCUAUUACCUGCCCAGUGGCGGGGGCCAAUCCGCGGGACAGCUCAACCUGAUGACGGCUACUGGAACGGGCAAGCAACUGCAACCGCCCCCGCUGGUCCCUGUGAGCAACUCCAAUGCGCCGGCUUCCACUGUAGUGCUAGAUCGCAUCAACAUUUGCAUCAACAACCACUAUGCGGAGUCGCCCGCCUCUCUGAACUCAUCUCUUAGCACUGCACAGCAGCCGUCUCCCAUCAUACCGGCCAUUCAGCACAAGGCCAUUCUGCCCAUAAUCGACAGCAGCACGGCGGACAGCAGCAGUUGCAGCAGUAGUUCGGUGACCAGCAGCAGUUACGGCGGUGGCACCACCACCUCAGCAGCAGUAGUGAUUGUGGAUGAGCCGGAUUCGACGACCACCACACCGCAGACGCCGCCAACUACGCCGGAGACCAUUGGUUCGCCUGGGAAGUCUUCGCCUUCGCCUCCGCUCAUGGCCACGCAGUCGCUGCUCAAGGCAGUUAGCCAAAUGAAGCCGAGCUUCAAGGCUGUCGAGGCAGCACCACCCACUCCGCCAACUCCUCCCUCGCCCCAACCUCCGCCGCCGCCACCUUCAGUCGACGGCCCACCGCCAGCGGUAACAUAUGCCCUGCAGGAGGAUGUUUUUAUCAAGUGUAACGAUGGCCGGUUUUACCUGGGCACCAUUAUCGAGCAGACAACGGAGCAGUUUCUUAUACGCUUCGACGAUCGGUCGGAGCAAUGGUGCGGACCGGACAAACUGCGCAAAUUGGGUGGAGGCAGCUCGGCGUGCAGUGGCGGAGGAGGUGGCUCCAGCUUGGACACAUCCAGUACUUCCGCCAACGGACCCAUGUGCGUGGCCUGCAAGCGAUCGGACAUCGACGACGUGGUGGAAAUAUGCGAGCGUUGCGGACGUGGCUAUCAUCGUGGUUGCACCAUGGAAAUCGUCACCGGCAGCGGCAUUUGGAGCUGCAAACGAUGCGCAAAACCCAUGAAAAUGCAACAGCAACAGCUAAAACACGAGAUCACAAAACGCGUUGGGAUUUGCCGCCAGUUUCCCUACCAUGCGGAAAAGCUUAGCUGGGAUGAGAAGCAUCGGGUAAACGAGGAGCAGAUCUAUUGCUACUGCGGAAAGUCCGGAAAAUUCGAUCACAACAUGCUGCAGUGCUGCAAGUGCCGCAACUGGUUCCACACCCAAUGCAUGCAGAACUUCAAAAGGAAGCUGCUGCGCGGCGACAUAUUCUUUGUGUUCUGCUGCACGGUGUGCAACAAUGGCGUGGAGUUUGUUCGACGUCUACAAGUUGACUGGGUGGACGUGCUCCACAUAGCGCUAUAUAAUCUGCGCAAGCACCAGAACCAUAAGUACCUUCACCUAUUGAAGGACAUCUGGCCCUUUAUACUCGAGCAGCGCCACCAAUUUCCAAUCUGCGAGAAGUGGCGCACCUUGCCGGAGACGGCACUUAUGGAGCGCAUCAAGCAAACUCUUAAGGACCACUCAGAAAGAUUCGUCUGCGGCAGAGAGUGCAAAAAAGCACCAACCUUCUACGGAUUGCGUCACAGUGGCCCGCCAAUCACACCCAAGGUGUUUUUGGAGCCACAUGAGACACCGACUGAUGAGCUGCUGGUGAAGAAGUUCAAGCUGAAGCUUUUGCUCGUGGAAGCUGGGAAAAAGGGCGAAGAACAUCCAAAAAGAACUCCCAAAGAUGUGUACGAGUUUAAUACGGAUGAGGAUGAGCCAGUCGAGACGAGCGAGGACGAGAUCCCAAUCAAGCAGAUCAUCGAGAAGGCCAAAAAGCAGGCCAGCCAAAAGCCAGAUGAGGAGGAUGAACUGCCACUGAAACUUGAGCAACCAGACCCGUUGGAGGCGGGCGCCCUCGACCUCGCAGACGACAAUGCCAACGAUGGCGAUCCGGGCAAACUGCCAGCUCCCAUUCCACCGCUGCUGGACGCCAAUAGCAGCCGCAAACGCAAGGCUUUCCGUUUGUCCAAGCGCUACGAUAACAGCCGCAACCACUGUGAUCUAUCGUCCGACGAAAACUCCAGCAGCAGUCGGGGCACCAGCUCGUUGGACCUCAUCAUACCCCCGCCGGCCAACUUUUUGGGACGCAACAACCCCUUUCUUAUGGCCACACCCAAGAAGGCGGCUCAGAGCAGAGGCAUAAAUGUGGGAGCUGGAGUCGGAAUAAAUGGCAUCAUCAACAGCAUUUUCAAGCUUAAGGGCACCUCCAAGGAGCAGCCGCGCAUGGUGCGCGCCAUCAAGCGAAGACUGAGUGCCAAAGACAUAACCAUAGGGCCCAAUCAGGAGGUGCGCAGGCGUCGUACUCGUCGCCUAACCACGGCCAUUGAGGUUAUUAGCACCACUACCAUCAAUCCCAUACCCAGCCACUACCUUCCUCUAUACGCCAAAGAUCUGCAGCCGCCAGCGCCGCCAAUGGAAAAGCCAACGCACGGACGCCUGCUGCGCACGCGGCCACAAAAGCUAUCGCCAAGCCAGAGCCGACGGAACUCCACCAGCUCGACGGCUACCACCAGCAGCGGCAAUGGAAUCGCAGCCCAGGGACAUUCCAUGCUAGAUCUUAAGCAGUCGGUGAACAAGUAUUUUGGCGGCGCCAUGAAUCGCAUUGAUGCGGGCGAACCGUUCGCAAUUCGAGCCAAGCGUCGCAUGGGAAACGGUCAGGUCCAGUACCUCGUGGAGUGGGGAGGAGAUGCUGCGGCAACUGCAAUCGCUUCGAUGGGGAACUAGACGAUUUGGCAUACCAUCUCAUCUUUAAUUUUAUGUUUAUCAUUUUCAUUAUCAUUUCCCUGCGUUAUUCUUUAUUAAUGUUCGCUGCCAACUCCGGGCCUCUUUAUUUGUUAACGUUUCAAAGUUUAUAACCAAUCCACUGCCAAAAUAGCAAAAGAAUGUUCAAAAUAUUGGUAAAGCAUUAAAGCGGUAUAAUGUUAAAAUGUAUAAAAAGAAAAAAGGAAUGCAAAAAGCAACUGAAUACAGGUUAUAAUUGUGCAAUGGCAGUUAAUUGUUGCAGCAAAACUUAAGAAAAUUUCCACAAAAUUGGUAAAAGUAUUAGAAGUCUAAUCUGAUAGUCUAUCUAACAUUCGCUGCUGAAUGAAAACGUAUUAAUUAACGUCUAUUAAAGAAAAACGAUUCAGUAAAGUUCAGUACUGUUCUUUAGCUAUAAGCCCAUGUGUAUUUUCGAAAAAUAUAUUGAAAGGGAAACUUACACAAAUCAUGUUAUGCAUACAAAAAAUACUUGAUAUACCUACAUACACACAAAUUGAAUUACAUUUAGGACUAGUUUAAUGAAUUUUGCCCAUAGACUAAAAAAACUACACAAUAAUGAACUAAGAAAGUACAUCUUAUGUACAUAUAUUAAAAGCUACCCGAAAUCAAAAUUGAGUUGAACACAAGCAAAAUCUCAAGCUGAUAUACAUCUGUAUGUCAAGCUAAACCAGAACGAAAUAUGUGUUUACUGAAGUAUAUAAUGCCCAAAUAAAUGUUUUGAAAAGUG